CCCAUGCCCCCUCCCCAUCUUGUGACCAUCCUCGUUUCCUCUUCUGGACCCCCUGUGGACCCGCGUUGACCCAGCAUGGGCUACAAUGGGGGAGUUGGGUAAUUGCUCCCCUAGGUUCCUCCCCAACCCCCCAGACAGGGUCAGGUGGAGCAUGGGAGCCAGAGCAGCCCCUCUGCCUUGGGUGUCCUGGAGAUGACUUGACGCCCCCGCACCGGAGCCCCGUCUUGGCUGUGGCUGCAUCUGCAACACCGCAACAGCAGACUUCUGGGAAAACCAUUUAGGCAUCUGAAGCCCUGGAUUUCUGCUUUGUCCCUUCAGGGCUUCCUGAGCCUGAUUUAAAAAAAAAAAAAAAAACCUAGGAAGAGGCCCCUGGAAGGAAAAAGGGGAGGGAGAUAGCCUAUUUUACAAGGUCUGAAAUGAUGUGGCUUUUCCUUCUGGCUUAAACCUAGCUGGGUUUGAAACAUCUUCUUAAAAAUCUGUAUUCUAUUUUUUUCUCUCUGUUUAUCUCUCUGUUGCUGCCUCUGUUAAUCUUUGUUUCUGUGUUGUAUUUUUUCUGUUUCUGUCUGAAAACCCUUCUCUUUCUGAAUCCAUCUUUCAGUCUCUCACGUUCUGUCUCUCCCCUCCUCCUUCACCUUCCCUCCAUUCCUCUCCCUUGUGCAUUUGCCGGGUUCCAGCUGAGCGCAUCCUUUUCCCAAACCUGCUUUGCUUCCAAGGGGCCCUUUUCUGUCUCCUCUACCUGUGCCCAUGUUUUGGGACUGCCUGGAAAUCCAGAACACCCUCCUGAGGAGGGAGCUGGUGCCCAACAGCACCUCUUAGGAUGAACCCAGCCAGCUGCAUUCCUGGCCUCUGCAGAAUGACAUAGAGAAGGCAUUUUAAGCAGGCGAGCUGAGCUCGCCACAGGACUCCGACUACCAGGCACCGGUGGCAGCACGCAAAGAGCAUCCCUGUCUCUCAAGGGGUCAUGGCCUCCAUGUUGCUCGCCCGGCACCUGGCCUGCAGCUUCCAGCACAGCUACCGCCUGCUGGUGCCCGGAUCCAGACACAUUAGUCAACCCGCAGCCAAAGUCGACGUUGAAUUUGAUUAUGAUGGGCCUCUGAUGAAGACGGAAGUCCCAGGGCCUAGAUCUCGGGCGUUAAUGAAACAGCUGAAUAUAAUUCAGAAUGCAGAGGCUGUGCAUUUUUUCUGCAAUUACGAAGAGAGCCGAGGCAAUUACCUGGUUGAUGUGGACGGCAACCGAAUGCUGGAUCUUUAUUGCCAGAUCUCCUCUGUCCCCAUAGGUUACAGCCACCCCGCCCUGCUGAAACUCAUCCAACAGCCUCAAAAUGCGAGCAUGUUCGUCAACAGACCCGCCCUGGGAAUCCUGCCUCCGGAGAACUUUGUGGAGAAGCUCCGGGAGUCCUUGCUCUCGGUGGCUCCCAAAGGGAUGUCCCAGCUCAUCACCAUGGCCUGCGGCUCCUGCUCCAAUGAAAAUGCCUUCAAGACCAUCUUCAUGUGGUACCGGAGCAAGGAAAGAGGGCAGAGGGGCUUCUCGCAGGAGGAGCUGGAGACGUGCAUGAUUAACCAGGCCCCUGGCUGCCCCGACUACAGCAUCCUCUCCUUCAUGGGCGCGUUCCACGGGAGGACCAUGGGUUGCUUAGCGACCACGCACUCCAAAGCCAUUCACAAGAUUGACAUCCCUUCCUUUGACUGGCCCAUCGCGCCGUUCCCACGGCUGAAAUACCCUCUGGAAGAGUUCGUGAAAGAGAACCAACAGGAGGAGGCCCGCUGUCUGGAAGAGGUGGAGGAUCUGAUUGUGAAAUAUCGGAAAAAGAAGAAGACGGUGGCCGGGAUCAUCGUGGAGCCCAUCCAGUCUGAGGGUGGAGACAACCAUGCGUCUGAUGACUUCUUUCGGAAGCUGAGAGACAUUGCCAGGAAGCAUGGCUGCGCCUUCUUGGUGGAUGAGGUCCAGACCGGAGGUGGCUGCACAGGCAAGUUCUGGGCCCAUGAGCACUGGGGCUUGGAUGACCCAGCAGACGUGAUGACCUUCAGCAAGAAGAUGAUGAUUGGGGGCUUCUUCCACAAGGAGGAGUUCAGGCCCAAUGCUCCUUACCGGAUCUUCAACACCUGGCUGGGGGACCCGUCCAAGAACCUACUGCUGGCUGAGGUCAUCAACAUCAUCAAGCGAGAGGACCUGCUAAAUAACGCAGCCCAUGCCGGGAAGGUCCUGCUCACGGGAUUGCUGGACCUCCAGGCCCGGUACCCCCAGUUCAUCAGCAGGGUGAGAGGACGAGGCACCUUUUGCUCCUUCGAUACUCCCGAUGAUUCCGUACGGAAUAAGCUCAUUUUAAUUGCCAGAAACAAAGGUGUGGUGUUGGGGGGCUGCGGUGACAAAUCUAUUCGUUUCCGUCCCACGCUGGUCUUCAGGGAUCACCAUGCUCACCUGUUCCUCAAUAUUUUCAGUGACAUCUUAGCAGACUUCAAGUAAAGAAGCCAUUUCCACUACAGUGAGAAAGCCCCGAUCUCAACAGUUGUCAAAUUGAUUAGUUUUGCCUAAUUCAUGUUUUCACUUAGAAGUAUCAGAGGUGAAUGCACAGUGAAGGGUGAUUUGUGGGGAGGGAACGUUUUUGGUGGUCUUGGGGGAGGUGGGGGAGGGAAGGGCUGGUGUUGAUUUUCCUCCCUGCAGAGCCAAUGGUGCACAUUGGUUUAAGCCCAGAGAUCCUGCUUGAGCCCUGGACUCGUCUUGGGAAGGGCCAUGGGAGGUCCUGGCUAGAGUUCUGCCCAACCUUGACCAACCCCAGCAAUUUUUCCAAAAACCAUUCAAGGGCAUUACAUUUGCUCCUGGGACUGGCAGCUGGGCCUCCUGGGUGCCAGUCCAUCUCAAGUGCCAUAUUCUGUGAUCACGGAUGCUGGCUCCCCCUCGCCCUAUGCAAGCAAACACGUUCCCACCUCCUCUCCCAGCCCCUGGAGCUCUGAGCACACCCCAAGCACGGUGCAGGGAGGGACUGGACAGAUCUGAGGAAGGCCAUAAAGUGGGGAGAAGAGGAUUCAGCUCAGGGGUAAGGGAAGCGGUCCUGUGGCCCCCUGAAGAUGAGAAUCACUCCUCUCGGUGCACCUGGGGAGCCCCUAAACUGUGAAUUCUGCCCUGGACAGGGCUUUGCCCUUGGAGGAUCCCCAGGUGGCAUCAUCCAUGGUUCUUACUUGGCAUCCACCAUUCCCCAAACUCCCUCCUCCCUGUUAAAUGUCAACCUAGACCUGGACCUGGGUGGGAGGAAACUGUAGCCUGAGUGUCCACAAGGACACACGUGAGCCCCAGGGCUAGAAGCACAGGCCCGUCACCCCAGGGUCUGGGGCUGCAGAGCCAUUGCAUCAUGUGUCCUAGGGCACCUUGGGGUCUGACUUUUGGCCCCCUCAGCCUGAGAGGCUCUUGCUGUCUUUUGCUCAUCCACUUUCACACCGCUUCUGAGCAGACCCCCAGGAACAGCUUGGCUGUCCCACCAGAGGGAAUCAUUGCUGGACUGGAUUUCUGCUUGAGGGAAGCACCAUGAAUUAAAGGCGCUAGAGCUCCAUGCAUGGAAAAGUGGCCUGUUGGUUCAACGUGGUUUCCUUGUACUUGAUCCUCCCGAAAUCAGAGAUUUUCCUGAGAUGACCAAGUGUGGAGAUUACCAGGCAGAUGAUACCGAAAUGCUUAACGGGGCUGUGGCUGAGCCUCUAGUAUCUCUGCUGGAGGUGAGACACUCUGGGAACUGAUUUGACCUCAAAUGCUCCUAAAAGAGAACUUGAUACCUGACACCAAUGAAGUAUUAUUUGGUGGGGAGACUGAGAAAGCCUGGCUUGUAUUAUCUGUCCGAAAGGAAGCCUCUUCAUCUCCGGGUGCCUUGGUUGACUAUUUUGGAAAUAGGCAUAUCAAGGUUCCUGAUUCAGCACUUUGCUCUUUUAAUAAGAAAUCGUCCAAAGAUCUCAAAGUAGGGUUUUUUUUCUUUUUUCUUUUUUUUUUUUUAGCUUCCAGUCUUCCGCAUACUUGGUCAUCGACCUAUUUUUGUUGAGGAAUGAAAGGCAAUGACAAGUUUAACAUACACAAAUUUGUGAGUUCUUGUUCAUUUUGCAUUCCUGCAGUCAGUGCUAAUCUGUCGUUCUUAAUCAGUUCUGUCACCUGCACUCCCAGCGAAGUGGUGACGUAUGCCUCCCACUCUCUGCAAGGUUUUACUCGUUUUUAUAUUCAUUUAUGCAUCAUUCAUUCAUUCACCAUGUAUUCACUCACCUAACUUUCAUGAAAUACCUGCACCAUCCCAGGCCCUGUACCGAGCAGCAGGAAUACAAAGAUGAGACAAAACAUUGUCCCUGCUCCCGGGGGCUCACAUCCCACUGGGAACAACCAGACUCGUAAACUAACAAUUCAAGCAGGCACCAAGGGCUAUGACAGAGGUGCGAGUAAGAGCAUGAGGAAGUCGGAGGGAGCACCACCAUUCAUCCAAGGGUCAGAGGAGGUUUCAAGGAAAAGGUGUCACUGGAGCAGUGUUUUGCAGAAUGAGCCAGAGUUUACCAAGCAGACAAGGCAAGGAAGGGUGUUGCAGAGAGGGAACAGCGUAUGCAAAGGCAUAUCAGUUCAUGACUUCACAUCUUUCACUGGGGAGCCAGAUUCCACAGGCAGUAUCCCAAGGUUCAAUAAGGCCUUAUUUAACAAGCAAGCAAAAUGCAAACCAAACCAUUCUUCAUUUAUUGGCUUAAGUAUGCUUUCUCCUGAAAACUUUAGCACUGGGUGCAAAUAUUCAGUAUGGUUCUCGGAGUCCAAAGGGUUUUAAGCCAGGGCACAACCAGAAAAUUGGCUCUCGCCGGUAGGGAGAGGGGCUCCAAUAUUUCGUUCUCUCCCCGUGGGGCAUCGACAGAGAAAUGAAAUCGUUUUAUCUGGAAAAUUCCAGAUUUAUUAUUUACCCCUUACCAAGGGAAGUUACUUCUUGUAAAAACUUUUAAGCCAUUUAUCAACAAGUUCUUGUUGACUCAGGGCAUAAUGAGUUCCUGAGACAUCCUCUUUCGGGGGGUGGGGGUUUAGCUGGAAGAAUUUCAAGGAAAAGAAUUCUCAGCACAGCUCAAGAUUGUAGAAACUCAGCAGAAGCUGGUAAAAACAUGGGGAGCCCGGAGGACAGGCUGCUGUCCAGGGCAGGGGCCAUGAAGAAGGGCUUCCGUGGCCGACAGUCUGGAAAUGAAUCCAUCAUACAUUAGUGCCAUUGAGUUUAGUAACCGUCCAGCAAGUGGCGUCACUUUUACAGAAAACAAGGUCCAGUAAUAGCAAGUCUUAGUACAUCCUCACUUUUAUUAUAAAUGGGUGUUUUUUUAUAAUUUUUACUGACGCUCAGUAACCAUGCAAAAUUGUGCAUAGCAUUAAUGUAUCUAUAUACCUAUCUAUAUCUAUAUAUGAGCUCAUGGUAGAAAACCAUAGCUAGGUAGCAUCGCAGACUUACGCAUACAAAGUGAUCUUGUUUACAGGUAAUCUGUUGACAGUGCCAAUAAAUGAUAAAAAAAAAAAUUAACAUGUCACAAUGUAACUGUUGACCAUAUGCACAAUUCCAUGAAUUAAAUCUGUUUCCUGUGUUAGUCAGUAUUCUUAAAUAAAAGAAAUUUAUAAUUGAAACA